AUGUGUAGAAGUUCUUAUGGUCAAAAUAAGCAAUUGAGUCAAGAACAACUUCAGUCGGUUGUCAAAUGCUGUCGCAGCAGCCAAAUGCGUCAACCAGUUUAUCAUCUAUUAGCUCCAUUAGCAGGUAUCAAAUUCACUCAGUUUUUUCUUGAGCAUUAUCAAAGAAAUGAUGAAACCUUUCUGGAAUUAGUUGUUACUAGGGAUGAAACUUGGGUGUUCACUAUACUGAGUCAAAUAGGCAGUCUCUAUAGUGACACCAUACCCAUUACCCAGCCAAAAAUAUCCAAGUUCAGGUUUUAG